GGCAUGAGCUUCACUCAGCGUGGAACUCUAUAUUUGCACCAAAGGACUCACAUUGGGGAUAAACCCUAUGUAUGUCUGGAGUGUGGAAUGAGCUUCACUCGGAGUGGAAACCUACAUAAACAUCAAAGAAGUCACACUGGGGAGAAACCCUAUAAAUGUCCAGAGUGCGGAAAGAGGUUCACUCAGAGUGGAAAUCUACACAAACAUCAAAAAACUCACACUGGAGAGAAACUCUAUACAUGCCUGGAGUGUGGAAAGAGCUUUGCCGAGAGUGGAAACCUACAUAGACAUCAAAGAAGUCAUACUGGAGAAAAACCCUAUAAAUGCAUCGAGUGUGGAAAGAGCUUCACUGACAGUGGACAUCUGCAUAAACAUCAAAGGAUACACACUGGGGAAAAACCCUAUACAUGCCUGGAGUGUGGAAAAGGCUUUUCUGAGAGUGGAAGUCUACAAUCACAUCAAAGAACGCACACUGGAGCAAAACCCUAUAAAUGCCUGGAAUGUGGAAGGAGCUUCACUCACACUGCAAGUCUGCAUUCACAUCAAAGAACUCACACUGGGGAGAAACCUUAUAGGUGCCUGGAGUGUGGCAUGAGCUUCAGUCAAAAUUCACAUCUCCAUAGACAUCACAGAACUCACACUGGGGAGAAACCCUAUACAUGCCCAGAGUGUGGAAAGAGCUUCACUUCAAGUCAAAGUCUACAUUCACAUGAAAGAACUCACACUGGGGAGAAACCCUAUACAUGCAUGGAGUGUGGAAAAAGCUUCAAUGAGAGUGGAACCCUACAGAAGCAUCACAGAACUCACACUGGGGAGAAACCUUAUAAAUGUCUUGAGUGUGGAAAGAGCUUCACUCACACUGCAGGUCUACGUUCACACCACAAGAUCCACACUGGGGAAAAACCCUAUACAUGCAUGGAGUGUGGAAUGAGUUUCAGUCAGAAUUCACAUCUGCAUUCACAUCUUAGAACUCAUACUGGGGAGAAACCAUAUACAUGCCUGGAAUGUGGAUUGAGCUUCAGUCAGAAUUCACAUUUGCAUUCACAUCUUAGAACUCACACUGGGGAGAAACCGUAUAUGUGCUGGGAAUGUGGAAAGAGCUUCACUCACACUGCAAGUCUACAUUCACAUCACAAAACUCACACUGGGGAGAAAUCUUAUAUGUGCCUGGAAUGUGGCAUGAGCUUCAGUCAGAAUUCACAUCUACAUUCACAUCAUAGAACACACACUGGGGAGAAACCAUAUACAUGCCUGGAGUGUGGAAUGAGCUUCAGUCAGAAUUCACAUCUACAUAGACAUCACAGAAUUCACACUGGGGAGAAACCAUUUACUUGCCUGGAGUGUGGAAAGAGCUUCAGUGACAGUGGACAUCUAUAUUCACAUCAUCGAACCCACACUGGGGAGAAACCUUUUACAUGCCUGGAGUGUGGAAUGAGCUUCAGUCAGAAUUCACAUCUCCAUAGACAUCAUAGAACUCACGCCGGGGAGAAAUCCUAUACAUGCAUGGAGUGUGGAAAAAGUUUCAUUUCAAAUCAAAGUUUACAUUCACAUGCAGGAACCCAUACUGGGGAGUAA